GCUGGGUAUUCCAGUGAACCACAUCUUCCCUGUUAAAAACUACCAUGAGGAGAUGGACACAGACGAUGACAUGGAUGCUCUGAUUCUCAAAGCACUGGAUCAGAUCCAUUGUUCAUCUGGAUUCAUUGAACUGAAUAAAAUGGGAGGGUCUGAGUCUACACCUCAACGACCUCGAACACCUCCACAACCUCGAACACCUUCACCACCUCCAUCGCCUCCAUAUGUCUUCAGAAGAAAUUGAUGACCGAUUCCCUAGCCUUACGUAUGUAUAGGGCGGGAUCAACCAAGAUGAGCCUUGUGAUUUGUUUCUAAGCGUGACGUACCGAGAAUGCCGCCAUAGCGACUGUGGUCCUGCUUCUGAAUCAGGGGUUUUAGGAGGAAGUGUUCGAGACAUCGCUGCCAUGCUAGAAAUGUCCACAUUAGGAGGCAGAGCCAAAGGAGCUAGCAGGAAUUACUUACAGGCGAGCCCGGACAUCCUCAGAUGAAACCAUGACUCUCUGAGUUCAGACGAAGAGAUCCAGAGUCGCCAUCACACCAUCAGCGGCCCCUUAACUGACUACGAGAUCCCCAUUGCACAGCAAGAGGGCACAGAACAAGGCGAAGUUACCAAAUCUCUGCGAAUUACUGAUGAACCAAUGGAAACACUCCCUGAGAGACCAACCCCAGAGCCCCGCCCCUGCUCCAUGCUCACUCAAGAAGAGUGGUCACGUGUGGAUGCCACGGCAACCUUGAGGAGGCCCCGCACACCUCACGACUCGAGCAGCGAGAGGGUCCAGCUCAACGAGACCAGCACUGUGAGACGACGGCCAAAAGUAAUAGCACCCACUCAGAGGGAUGAUGCGACAGAUGCUGCUAUUCGUGUAAGACCUGUAUCAGAGGUGGAACAUGUAUAUCGGGAAAGUGAUAUGAGCGAGGAUUUCCGGCGAGCGCUGAAGCCUCCAGUUUCCCCCAAACCAUCUUUGGGCCUCAGGAAGCCUGAGCCUCCCACCCCAACCAGGAGAGUCCCACUUCCAGGACCGGAGAACCAACACAGCACAGUGGAGGGCAAAAGAGUUCCACCGCCUGUGUCUCCAAAGCCAAGCCCUCCUCCUACACUUCCUAAACCAAUCAAAAUGAAGCCCUUACCAACACACACACUUACCCCACCCAGUGACCUAAACACACACCCACACUCCUCUACCAUUCUCCCCGAGCAAGUGGAUCAUCCUAUACUCAGUCCAUCAACCCCGACCCCCCAAACCAGCAGAAUCUCACACUUUGUCCCCAUGACCUUUGACAUCUCCCGCUCAGAGCCCCCAAACCCCCCAAACUCCUUCUACCCCUGGGUGCGGAUCUGCCCCAGUCAAACCCCCGAGAUCUUCCAUGGCAGGGCUGUCAGUGGACAUUCCCAGCCCUUUUGAGGCAGAGCCACGAGAGGUGGAAAAACACAACGAGGAUGACGAGCUAAAGAGACAAAGGAAAGAGAUAGCAGUGAUUAAGGGGCAAGAGAUGGGAACUUCCAGCGAGGUCACAAAGCUGACAGAGGGAUCAGAGCAGGUGCUGAUGAGGCGGAGGAAAGUGGGUGUGGCCAGACAGUUGCAGAUCGAAGGAGACAUCGAAAGCACAACAGAACAUGGUGUUGUAACUGCAGAUGAAAUUCGACAGAGGGCGCCAAAUGUCAGCGGAACGGAUGAAGGCAGAAUUCAUGGAGAAGAAGAAAUAAACCAGCUAAGGCUGGACGAGACCAGUGCCUCCUUAGCUGCAGCACUGGAGGUUGUAGAGGAAAGGAUCAUGACCGAAGACAAGUAUUUUUUAAUUCAUCAUUAAAUAUUACAAUUAAUAAAUAUUAGUUGAUACUAAUUAAAAUGAAUAAAUAUUUUCAAAUCCCACCUUGUGUUUUAAAAGCACAGUCAACAUUCUUGAUGAUAUUGGAAGCAUGUUCGAUGACCUCGCUGACCAGUUGGAUGCCAUGCUGGAUUAAAAAAGAAAAAGAAAAAAAAAGCACAAAAUAAAUCGUAAACAGAAAAGCACAGCAUCGUCUUCAUCUGAGCGCCUGAUCUGUUUAAAGCCACGCUUCAAUGAAUAAACGAAUAAACACUGAUUAGUUGAUCUUAUCAAGGAUUUUUUUUUUUUAAAAAGGACCUACUGGAAGGCAGAGAUCUUGGGUUUAAAUUGUUAAAUCCAUGAAAUAUCGACAUCAACAUCGUUUGGUGAAGGUUUUGGAGCCAGGAUGUACGGACUGUUCUCAUGCUGCUUCCAGAGAUAAGCACAAUUAAAUGCUAACAAACUAUUUAAACAUUGUUAAGGUCAAGAAAUGCUAGCAAUGUGUCAGAGUGUGUGUGUGUGUGUGUGUGUGUGUUUCUAUGUGUGUACUAUGUUUGGGCUUUCCUUCACUGGCGAUCGACAUUUGUGUAUUCAUUUUUCAAUAAUAAUUGGAAUCACCAUUUUUGUGCUUUAAUGUUGAGUUGGAUACCCAGCUACGACGUUUUCAAAGGGGAACACAGGACAAAAUUUUGGAGGGAAAAAAAACCCUGAUUGAUAUGUUAAGGAAUACGCUAAAAGUCGAGGAACAUUGCUAGCUAGCUAUAAGAAAAACAAAAACAAAAGUAGGACAAGCUAUUUAAUGGGUUCCCCUUUGAAUCCAUAUUUAAAGCAAAAAAAAAGCUGAAAUAUUGUGACCCUUAUGUUGUCACCGUAGUUGUUCAUGCGUGUUUGUGUACUUCAUCGACGAAUCCCGAUUUUCAGCCAAUAGAGUGGUGUAAACUAUAAUUUAUCAUUUAUAAAUGCUGCGUGAUGUAGUGUAAAUGUGACAUAUAGAUUACAGCGUAGGAUUUGGAAUGCAACAAGAGCCCCUCCAGUCCCAUUUAAUGUGAACAAGAAUUACGGGCCGUAUUCAGAGUCCAGAAUUCAUGCAGGGAAAGUUACUCCUAUUCAGAGUCGAGUUAUGACUUGCUCUCUGUGUGCCAUUCAGAUUAUUCGAAUCCCCUGUGUGUCGUUAAUGCCUUUGAGGUUGCCAGGUUUUUCAUGAGCAGAGACGGGGUUUUUCAGUUGCAUCUAGACCACCACCUUUAAACCUAUAAAAUAAAAAAACCUCUGCACUCUUGUUUCAGCAGCUUAUAGAAUAGCACUUGAUCCAGUGCAUGCUAUUAUUUAGCAUUUUAUUUUUAAAUUGUGCGCCGACAGUUCAUUGUGUGCACAACUUAACGAGAUACUAAAUCGAGCUCAUGAAAUGUGUCCUCAUGCGGGAAACAAUCGCAAACCUGUGUUUUAGGCUCCUCUCCAUGUGCAUAACUCUUGUGUAACUUCCAAGUAGCCUGCGAUUCUCUCUGAACGAGCAAUUUCAACACUCUGAAUACAGCCCUCUGUGUGUUUGGGGUGUGUGUGUUUUCGGGGUUGGGUGUGUGUGUUUAAGAUGCAAAAUAAGAUGAUGUUUUUAUGAUUUUAUGUUUCGCACAUGCAUUGGCCCAUUGGAGAGAGCUUGCAGUCAAGACAAUAGUGGCCAAAAGAACAUUAUUUAGUGUAUAUGUUAUAUAAUUGCAGAGCAAUAUUUCUAUCAACUCUCCAUGUUGGUAACUUUUAGUUUUAUGACAAUCCUUUAUCAUGUUUGAUUAAUUUUGCUGAAGGUGGACAUUUAGAGAGUUAAACCUUAUAUCCUGUAAACAAACAAACAAACAAAAAAACUAACAAAAUUCUAUGUAAUUAUUCGAGUUAUUUUGUGUACAUGCUCAACUGGCUAAUGUGUUUGACACUGGUGAAAUGAUCCUUGGAGAUCCUCUUCCAUGUAAAGCAUAUUGAGAGUAUGUGGAAGUAUGAUAAAUAAACUUUAUGAA